UGCGCGCGCAUCACCAAUGGCUUCCAGGCCGUAUUCCUGUUGAGUGCUGACCUGCUGACGCUGUUCUCUGGAAAGAAUCAGACGUUUAGACAGUUCUUUCGAUUAAUUAAUUCCAACGGUUUUCCAUUUGUCAUAAAGAAUCAUUCCCAGUGUUUGAGGCGCUCCUCAGUAGUGAAAAUAGUGAAUUUUAUUGCGAAAAAUUCGUGCUCUACCGAUGUGCCGUCAUCGCUGAGGCUACAGGGCUGAUCCAUCAGAAUCAACGUUGGCCCACCCACUGUACCGAGACGAAGCUUAAAAUGCCACUGGGAAAUCAUGUGCCACUCCAGGAUAUGGGGGCUGGAAGGGGUCAGGGUGGUGGAGGGCCUCCUCAGAACUGCAUGAAGGUGUUCGUUCAGAGGGACUACACCCAGGGAACUAUGGUCAAAUUCCAAACGAGAUUUCCACCCGAGCUAUCCGACAGACUGGAUCCAGAAACCUUCGAGUACACGAUAAACCAGCUCAACAAUUACUUCGCGGAAGCCGAGAGUGGUAGUUGUUCAACUUACUGCGAAGGAUGCCUAGCAUGUCUAACAGGUUAUCUAAUAUAUAUAUGCACGGAGACACAUUAUGAAAAGUGUCUUCGCAAAGUGGCAAAAUUUAUCUGCGAACAGAAUGACAGAGUAUACAGGCCACGUGGUCUCCUCCUGACGGAUCCCACAACACGUGGCCUGAGGCUCAUAGAGAUAUCAAUACUGGAUAGGCCUCCGUCGUGACUGCAUGUUAGCCAAUCCGCGGAAUUUUUCAUGUGACUCGUUCUGCAUCAAAGCAAUUACCACUGGUAAAAUGUAUAAAAAUUAUAAAAAUCAAGCCCUCGUAACGCGCAAUUAUCGUCAUCAUUACCUGGCAAGUGUGAUUCGUCGCGCGAUUACCUGAUUUAUCGAUGUCGAAGAGCGAGAGAAGCCCCUUCUUGUCACGAAUUUUGUAUAAAAAAAAUUAAUUUAAAUAACUGCCCCAGGUCGCACGAUGUAUUCUGAUGGGGUGCACAUUGUUCUUUAUUUUUGACGAAUGUUACUUCACUAGAUGGAAUAAGUAGGAUAAUUAUGGUAGAAGGUUCAACAGUUGUAAUAAUAAAGUAAACGAAGGUGACUGCAUUUACGGAGAAACUCAAGUUCAAAAUACGUUUGAAGAUCUCAGCCUAUUCCAUUAUUAUCUUCCUUUACCCCUCGUUAAUCUUCCAAUGAAUCCCCUGGGAUGGGAUGAUUUAUCGUGCUCUCAAAUUAAAAUUUUCUUUCUCCCCUAAAAGCACCGAACAGCAAACAAAAAAAAAAAUACGCGCGAUACGAGAUUAUGAUUUUUCAUUAUUUGUAGACGUAAUUCCCCUGGGAAUAUUCGGUCCAAGAAAUCCACGGAUUGGCUAACCAUUACCAAAAAAAAAAACAAACUGGGCAAGUGUUGUGCGUUUUGACACUACAAUUGGCGAAUCGAUUUACGCGAAAUUAUUCGCGAUUGCGUUGAUUUUUCUGAUUGCAAUCAUAAGUCUGACCAGUUAUUUUUUCAAUGAUUCUAAUUUGUCCCGUUACCAACGUAAUUUGCGAUCACUCCCCCUCGCUCCAGUCAAUCGUUCAGUUAUUUUUGUGUUCGAUCACUAAAACGCAGGAAGAAAGAAAAACCCAUUUGUAAAUAAAUUAUAAUUCGGUAUGUGUGAUUAUUGAGGAGGCAAUGGUCUUGUUAUACUUAAUAUGAGAACAGUAGGAAAUAAGGAGAUUGUUUAUGUAAGUAAAAGAAACAAUUAUGUGACGAUCGAAUUAACGACUGGACUCUGAGUCACUCGUACCACUGUAAUUUCUAAAUGUUUUAAUAAUAAAAAGAAAAUGGAGGGAAGUGAAAGUGAUUUCUGAUUUCU